CUUAUCACAGGUUGUGACACGGGGUUUGGCAACAUGCUCGCCAGGAGUUUGUCUCAACAGGGUUUCCUGGUUUACGCGGGCUGCCUCGACUCCAACACCGAAGGCGCAAUGGUGCUCAAGAAGUGCCGAAACGUCCGAGUGCUGCAGCUGGACGUCACCAAGGACAACCAGAUCGACGAAGCCCUCGAAGCGGUCAAGCGGGACCUUGGAUCGAGAGUCCUCUGGGCCGUGGUGGCCAACGCCGGCAUCCCGAACAGCGGCCUCAUCGAAUGGAUGACCAUGGAGAGCAUCGUCAGAGUGUUCGACGUCAACGUCUUCGGAGUCGUUCGUGUUGCCAAAAAGUUCCUGCCACUGCUGAAGAGAAGCAAAGGACGAGUGGUCAUCGUCACUAGUGUGUACGGAUCAUAUACAUUCCCACUAGCGACGGCGUACUGUAUGAGCAAGUACGCAUCCUUAUCGCUUGUUGACGGUCUGAGGAGAGAGAUGUACAGCAAAGGAGUCGACGUCAUUGCCAUCGAGCCGACUUUGUACAAGACUGCCAUCAACGACAACGUCGGUUCCCUUGAGGCCGUCCAGCGAGACUUGAACAAGCAGGCGCCUGAAGUCAUCGCCGACUACACCGAGGCCGAAGUGAAGAACUGGCUCAAGUCGGCGUCGACCUACUAUUCGUACUCCAUGCGUGAGAACCCCCAGGAGGUCGUGGAUCAGAUGAUCUCGGCCGUGAGAGAGACGGACCCGAAGACCUGCUACCCGGCUACUGGACCCUUCGAGUACGCCUCGCUGUGCAUUCUCAGGACUUUGCCCGAUGAAGCAGUAGAUUACCUUAUCCUCGGCAUUCGCAAACUCAUCAUAUUGCUGUGUUGAGCCUCGUUUUUUAAGGCGAACACCUGAGAUGCCUCAUGAAACGCGAAAAUUGACGGUCGGCGUCGGCGGCUGAACACGAGUGAUUCAAAAGAUAAUCAUCACGCGAUGACGUCACCAUAUGACGUCGUCAAGACGUCACAGGUCGCGAGAAUGGGUGACGUCAUCAUGAAGUCACUGUGAGGUCUCGCAACGUGGCGUCACAUGGUGACACCAUCACAUGACAUCACUGCUUGGUCAAAGGUGGGCCGAUCCCGGACGCAGUGCAAAACGAGGUGAGGUGUAGGAAGCUUACAAUUCCUCCGAUCCUGAAGGCAUUGCAAAACCACGUUUGGCGCAGAUAGCUUUCGGAGGCGAGCGCGGAAGGUUCAAUACAUCGACUUAGAAGAAAAAUAAGAUGGCUUUCGCCUACGAGUCGACUUAGACGGAUGCAUAACGGACCCUGUGAGUUUUCGUUUUACGAUGCGUGAUGCAACCGCUGCGGGGUCCCCAGUCACUAAGACAUUACGGUACACUGAUGUGCAAGAGGCCGCGUGUGAGUUUUGCGGCAGUAGAGCCGGUAGCGAUAAAAUGUGAUAGCGAUGAAACGCGGUGAAAUGUGAUAACGCUUGUGCACCCGGAAGAGUGCACUGGUACGAAACACUUUUAAUUAUAUGCUGUAAUGAGAGAUCGCACACUCUUGGCAGUGGUCAGUGUGUAUGCCGCUUGUUUGUUUGACUUUUAGACCAAUACUCUAAAUUUUAUACCGGCAUCUUAUGUGACCGACACAAUAUAUUGUCUAAAUCUCAUAUGUUACAUCGGAUGUGCUGAUUAUGCUGUCCAUGAAUGUUGGGUGAUUUUUGUGAUAGCUAAUUAGUACAAUUAAAUUAUUUAUUACUUUGUUAUGAAUAUUUAUUUCGCAUGUACUUCCGUCUUACUUUAAUAUUUGCUGUGAUGGGCAACAUGCGUGCUUUUGAUUUGGUACUGUCGCUUUCCGCUGCUCGUAAUUUUGUUAUUUUCUGGGUGAAGGGGCCAGUCAAGCUGUGACAUGCAGGUUCAUUCUCUUCGCACCAAAUUGCGUAUAUACUGUACUCUUGUGUACCUGCCGCGUGGUUGCAUAAACUCUAUGUGUAAUAUGUAAAGCGCUUAAACAUUAACAAACUGCGAGUGUUGUGCAAGUAUGUGAGAUGGAUAUGUUGUUAACAAGAAUACUUGUUUCUUUACCAUUAAUGUACCUAAGUGCCAUAUGAACUAUGUCGUAUUCUAGAGAUUUACAGGCCUGGAAAUAAAGAUAUCACGCAAUUUGCUGUCCCAGAAAGCGCAAAAAAUUAACAAAGGCGCGAAAGGUGCAUGCUCAGAUUUCAAAUUUGUGAAUGUUUCCUGUUCCGUUAUUACCACUGCACAGUAUUUACAUAACAAAAAA